UGGCCGUCGCUGCGCUCCCGGGAGCGCCUGGGCCCUGUGGCCGCCGCUUGCUUACUGCGCUGCUAGCCGGCUAGCUCCGGCCGGAGAGAGGGUGUGCCGGCCGCCAAGGCCGAAGCCCCAGUGUCCGCGCGUCUUAGGCCUCUGUCUGCAGCCAUGGGGGCGUCUGCGCGGCUCCUGCGCGCAGUGAUCAUGGGGGCCCCGGGCUCCGGCAAAGGCACCGUGUCGUCUCGCAUCACCAAACACUUCCAGCUGAAGCACCUCUCCAGCGGGGACUUGCUCCGAGACAACAUGCUGCGGGGCACAGAAAUUGGUGUGUUAGCCAAGACUUUCAUCGACCAAGGGAAGCUCAUCCCAGAUGAUGUCAUGACUCGGCUGGCCCUUCAUGAGCUAAAAAAUCUCACCCAAUAUAGCUGGCUGUUGGAUGGUAAGUACAGAGUCAUGAGCAUUUCAGCUGCCCUCAGUUCAAACUUUCGUAUCAUCUUGCCAUAUUCUGAAAAUAGUGUUUUGAAUUUGAGUGAGGCUGAUGAGUUCAGUUUGAGUAUAAAGGCGGGGAAAAGCAGUCAUGCAGGAGGAAUUAUUUCUUAUUCGGGGGAAGGUCAGCAUUUUCUUCACUUCAGGCUUUCAAAUGGAUUUGAUGAGGUCAUUAAACAACGCCUCACUGCUCGCUGGAUUCAUCCAGCCAGUGGCAGAGUCUACAACAUUGAAUUCAACCCUCCCAAAACUGUGGGUAUAGAUGAUCUGACUGGGGAACCUCUCAUUCAGCGUGAGGAUGAUAAACCAGAGACCGUCAUCAAGAGACUAAAGUCUUAUGAAGCCCAGACAGAGCCAGUCCUGGAAUAUUACCGGAAAAAAGGGGUGUUGGAAACAUUCUCUGGAACAGAAACCAACAAGAUCUGGCCCUAUAUAUACGCCUUCCUACAAACAAAAGUUCCACAAACAAACCAGAAAGCCUCCAUUACUCCGUGAGGAACGUGUGCAACUAGUAAGAUGAGCAGAACCUCCUCAUCUUUGCAUUUAAAGGCUCCUUUUUCUAAGACUCUAGCAUGUAUGAGAUCUUUGAAAACGAUGUGUUAUUUCUACUGAUUUUUUUUCUGGUUACUAAGGAUGUACCAAAUGCGUCAGACACUAUGAUUCAUCUUUUAAUAUAAUUCAGUAUGUUUUAUCCAGCUGUCUUCAACACAGAACAGCAGAGAUGUCUAAACUUAAAAAAAAAAAAAAAAAAAAAAAAAAAAACAGACCAAAAUUAAAAGAGCAAUUGGUGGGAAUCUAACUUUUUUGUUUAGUAAAAACAGUGGUUGGUAAGAUUUCCAUACUUUCCUGGAGCAGUAUUUUAAAAGUAUAUAUCAUUUGGGGCAAAUAUCUCAGCAGAGGCUUUUGCAUAGACUGAUGCCAAAAAAGACAUUUCUAGCACUGUGGGACAUGGUUCAUAUCUAUAAAAUUCUUGACAAAAAAGCAAAUGAAUUUACAGAUGGUUUAAGAUACAAACUCACUGCUGCCUUUACUCCAAGAAACUUAAAACUAGCCAUAUAUGUUGUAUUUAUUUUGUUGUUAACACACACCUUCAGUUUACUCGGAAAUUUUAGUUUGCUAUAAAAACCUAUCAGUUAACAUAAAGGAAAUAGUAUCGUAACAUUGACUUGUUUUCUUUUGAAAGUACGUGUGUAGUGAAAGAUGUGAUUGUGUCCAUAAAUCAACAUUAAUGAGUUCUUAGGUAAGCAUUGAAAUUCAACUUUUCUUUAAGAGUUGUUUUUGUUACAGGCACGUGCACUAAAUUAAUUUUCAAUCGAAAACACAAAGUCUUAUGUUUCCAGAUGUUACUCAGGUUAAAAAAUGUGUUUUAGGAUCUACUUGCCAGUUUCUCUUUAUGAUCCAAAUGUAAGCUAUGACUUGAUAAAUAACAAAUUACAGUACCAAUAAAAAAAAAAGUGUUAGAGAAGACCUAUGACUCUCUACAAGUCAUAUAUUUUGUCAUUAGAAAAUGAAAACAGGUUAGGCAUGCCUGGGGAAUACUUCCUUGACAUAUACAGCAAUUAUAAUUAGUAAACAGGUGUGGUGAUAAAAAGAAUUUACACGAUAGAUUAAAAAGGGCCAAGAAAGUUUGAGUUUCCUGGAGUUUUCUAUUCCUGAUCAAAGAAAUUGAUACCUGCUAGUGUUCACUGCCACCGUCUUAAGGAAAGAACUAUGCUGGGGUCAUCUGAGCAGCCGUUUUAAAAUUGAGAUUGUUUUGGAUUCUGUAAUUCAGCAACAAGGAUGUGUGCUGAUGUACCAUGACCUG